AUGCAGGCUAUAAUCAUUGGAUUUACCUUAUCCUUCAUUAGUACCUUCAAAUCUGCAGAAUUUUAUCCUCAAUGUUCAAAUAUUACCAAUGUUCAACGUUUAGAUUGUUAUCCAAAUUUUGGUUCUAAUGAAGGUGGAUGCAUCAAAAGAGGAUGUUGUUGGGUGCCUAAAAGUGGAAAUAAUGAAUUACCAUACUGUUAUUUUCCAAAAGAUUAUUCUGCAUAUAUUGUAUUAUCAACUGAGAAAACUAAACGUGGCUUUAUUGGACAAUUGAGCAAACCUAAUCCAACCUAUUACCCAGAUGAAAUAAAAAGUAUUGCCGUUGAAAUUAGAGAGGAGACUUCCACUAGACUUCGUAUACGAUUUACUGUACCUUCACAGCCAGACAGAUGGGAACCACCUAUUCCAUUGGGAAAUGUGGAUGAUACUCCUGUAAAAAACGUUCAAUACAAAGUUGACAUGGAGAAAUCACCCUUUGGAUUAAAGAUAAUAAGAAAUACUAAAGAGCGAGAUGUACUUUUGGACUCAACAGGACAGUUGGCUAGUUCGCUUAUAUUUUCAGAUCAGUUUUUGCAGAUAUCAUUUCGUGUGAAUGCUCAUGUAAGCUUUGGUCCUGGGGAAAUAGAACAAAAAUAUCCAAACGCUUUUGAUACGUGGACGCGAGUAGCUCUUUGGGGUCACGAUGGAAAUCCACAGUCGUAUGCGAAUCUAUAUGGAACUCACAAUUUCAUCAUGGGUUUAAAGUAUGAUGGCACAGCAUUUGGAAUCUUCUUUUUAAACAGCAACGCACAAGAAGUAGCAAUAACACCUCUACCAGCCAUCACAUAUAGAACCAUUGGUGGAAUAUUAGAUUUCUUCGUGUUCACUGGACCGAAACCACUAGAUGUGAUAAAUCAAUAUUAUGAUCUUAUAGGUCACCCACCGAUACCCCCAUACUGGUCACUUGGAUUUCAUAUCUGUAGAUAUGGAAUGAAAAAUCUGGAUGAAGUCAAAGAGGUCCUCAAGCGAAAUAUGGAAGCUGGAAUUCCGAUAGAUGCUCAGUGGUUUGACAUUGAUUAUAUGGAUGCAUACAAAAUUUGGUCAGUGGACACGAAACGAUUUGGUGAAAUGGAUGUUUUUGUUAGGGAUGUUUUACGCAAGAAUUAUAGUAUAAGAACAGUGUUGAUCGUAGAUCCAGCUAUUAGCACAAAAGGUGGUCCCGGAUAUCGGCCAUAUGAGGAUGGUAUGAGACUCGGUAUUUUCAUUAAUGAUAGUCGAACUGGGACACCGAUUCUAGCCUUACAUUACAACACAACACACUAUAAUUUGCAUAAUAUAUAUGGUUACGAUGAAGCACGAGUAACGCACAAUGUUUUAACUCGAAUGUUUCCUGAUAAACGACCUUUCAUAUUGACACGUUCAAGCUUUGCAGGUUCAGGUUUGUAUGCCGCUCACUGGACAGGAGAUGUUUUAUCGAAUUGGGAUAGUUUGAAAACGUCUGUGGUUCAAAUCAUUAACUUUAAUAUGUUUGGUAUUCCGAUGGUUGGUGCUGAUAUAUGUGGGUUUACAGGAAAUACAACAGAAGAGCUGUGUGUGCGGUGGAGUCAGUUAGGUGCUUUUUAUCCAUUUUCCCGUAAUCACAAUGAAGAUGAGGCUAUGGAUCAAGACCCUGCAUAUUGGAGUAAAGAUUCUACUAAGGCAAUCAAAGAAUCCUUGAUGCUAAGAUACCACUUACUACCGUAUAUAUACACUUUAUUUUAUAGAUCAUACUUAAAUGGAACAACUGUGGCUCGUGCCCUCGCAUUCGAGUUCCCUGAAGACUUGGCCACACAUAAAGUCGAUUCACAAUUCAUGCUCGGAUCGUGUCUCCUGGUUACUCCAGUGCUAGAUGAGGGUCGGACAUUCGUUGAGGGUUACGUUCCAUCAGGAGAAUGGAUUAACCUAUCCACUGGCAAACGGUAUUUCAGUCGAGGUACAUGGAAAUAUUUCGAUGCUCCUCUGAAUGUCAUUCCGAUUUCUAUUCGUUGUGGGUGUAUAGUUCCAAUGCAAGUUUCUGCUGAAACAACAGAUAUCGCUCGUAAGAAGGGAUUUGGUUUAUUUGUGAUCUUGUCUUCAACUGAUGAUGGAAGUAGUGCUGCUGGUCAGAGAAUCACAGCAUCAGGUGAAUUAUUCUGGGAUAAUGGAGAUGAUGCUAAUUUAAACUAUGUACAUGUGAAAUUUGAAGUACGUGAUCGUACUUUAACAGUGACUUCUACACCUUCGAGUGUUGAAAGUUUAGAGAAAAUUGAUUUGAAAGAACUAGAUGUUAAGACUAUUCUUAUAGUAGGUUUCAUUAAAAGCCUGCAGAAAUUCUUGUAA